AUGUAUAGACAAAUUGAACUCUCAGCCGAUCACAGAAAAUACCACAAAAUUCUGUGGCGUGAGCACCGCAAUCACCCAAUUCAAACAUUCAUUUUAAACACAGUCACGUACGGUACAGCUUCAGCACCAUUUUUAGCCACUCGAACUUUACAACAACUUGCAGAAGACGAAGGUUCCUCCUUUCCGCUUGCAGCUCAUGCACUACAAAAUGAUUUUUAUGUCGAUGACAUGUUGACAGGAGCCCCCACUUUUACUCAAGCAGAAAUUCUCCGCGAUCAAUUGAUCAAUCUCACCGCAAAAGGAGGUUUCCAACUACGACAAUGGGCGUCCAACGACCCGCGUUUAAUAGAACCAUUGCAAACUUUCAAAGACCAACAUAUGACGCUAAGCUUCACUGAUAGUAAAAAAACUCUAGGGCUAUUUUGGCAUCCACAAAACGACACCAUAGGAUACUCGGUGAAGGAAUGUGAUUCUCUCCCGAAACUCACAAAACGCGGUAUUCUCUCGUGUAUUGCCCAGCUAUUCGAUCCACUAGGAUUAUUAGGCCCAAUCAUAGUCAAGGCAAAAUUAAUUAUGCAAGAACUAUGGAAAUUAAACAUUCAUUGGGACGAAUCUGUACCAUUUGACAUUUAUUCUGUAUGGAAUGAAUUCCAAUCGCAACUGGUAACUAUUCGACAGUUUAAUGUUCCACGCUUAAUCAUAGACGAUCAUACUCAAAAUAUACAAUUGCACGGUUUUUGCGAUGCCAGUGAACGGGCGUAUGGAGCAUGUUUGUACAUUCGAUCUACUAAUAUUCAUGGCCAGCAUUCUGUUAAAUUAGUAUGUUCAAAGUCGCGAGUAGCACCAUUGAAG